AUUUUUAUAGUAAUUACGUUACAAAGUAGAUCUUGAAGAUGGAUCUAGAGGCAGAGCCGCUCGGGGAUGCAUCCCAUAAAGAUGCUAGGGGUAAUAGCAUAGCUCUCGUUAUUGUUUAGAUUUAAAAUUUCUUUUAAAAUGAUCUUUCACUUAGAGGCAGUGUCAUUCGGCGCAGAGUCGCUAGGGGAUGCAGCCCCUAAAGAUGCUAGAGGUAAUAAGAUAGCCUUUCGUAAUUGUUUAGAUUUAAAAUUUCUUUUAUAUUGGUGAUGAUGAAACAUGUUUGUAGCUAUUUUUCUUUUUAUGCUAGGGGUAAUAACAUAGCUCUUGUUACUUGUUUAGAUUUAAAAUUUCUUUUAAAAUGAUCUUUCAUUCAAAGGCAGAGUCAUUCGAGGCAGAGCUGCUAAGGGAUGCAACUCCUGAAGAUGCAACCCCUGCAGAUGCAGCCCCUGAAGAUGCUAGAGGCAGGUCGUCAUCUUCAUUGUCUAAGAAGAGAGGUCCUACGCGAGGUUCAAAAUUACAUGAGAAGACUUCAUUGAAAAGGGUCAUUAGGAUUAAUGAAUUUGGGCAACCGAAUGCAGGGGAUGCAAAUCAGAUCGCAUUCAAUUCAAGCAUUGGUGUUCUCACCCGUACACACAUUCCGAUCACCUACACAGACUUUCACCAAGUGCCUCCACAGUACAUUCAGAGGGUCAGUGAUAUCCUGGCGUGUAGUUAUGAAUUUCAGGGUAACCAAGAAAUGUGGCCACAAUACGUUCGUGAUCGCUGUAUGGCCACUUGGAGAAAUUUCAAGAACAAUUUGCAUAAAAAGUAUAUUAAGGACAAGGAUCCUGCAGUUGUGAAAUCGUAUCCCGCCCGUAUUGGUGUCCCUAUUGAGGAUUGGAUGAGCUUUGUGGAUUAUUGCAAUACUGAUAAAUUCAAGGAAUCAAGUGUAAGAAAUGCAUCCAAUCGGGCCAAACAAGUUGGCCCUUCUACACUUGGUCGGUGUAGCAUGGCUGCCACACGUCAUGAGAUGGCAAUUGAGAGGAAUCUUACUACUGAUGCCGAGGUUGGUAGGGCUGAGGUGUACAUCCGAGCCCAUACAACAAAGGAUAACAAAGUGCAGUUUCCAGAAACCUUUGAAAAAAUAAAAUUGAUUCAAAGUAGUAAUCCUGCAUCUCGGAUGACCAGUGUAGAUGAUGCCUUUACACAGUCAAUUGGGAGUGAUAGUAGAGGGCGCAUGCGGGGGAUAGGUGGAAAUGUAGGUAAGAUUGCAUUGAAGAAGACAAUGCCUAUUGUACACAAGCUUGGUGCGGUGUCGCGGGAACGAGAUAAUUUGGUAGAUGAAUUAGAUGAAGUGAAGAAAAGCCUGGGAGAUCUCCGCCAGAAGUUUAAUUGCUUUGUAGAUAAGCAAGGGGAACAAAGGGAUGUGGCUCCACCGACAAUUCCUCCAUUUAAAUCUAGUCAUGCAUCGUCGGUAUGUAUGCGUUUCUCUAAUACUAAUUUAAGCUUAUGAUUAUAUGCACCUCCAUUUAAAAAUACUAAUGACAUGUUAUAUGUGUACAUGUAUCCUGAUUUGGUAAAUCUUGGUAAGAGAUGCGAUCUCUGUGAUUGGAAGAAAUGGGUAAUUGCUUGUGGUGAGGUGCAUGCAGUUGAUCCAAAUACCCAUGUCCGUGGAGCAGAAAUGGACGAUGGAAAUUUUAGUGUCGUCCUGAUGGAGAUUAUAGCUCCGCGGUCAGAACUAUGGAAGGAAGAUGGUUAUCAUGAUAUGCUUGGAGAGGUCGGUGUAGGAGGAUUUGUCGUCUGGCCCAAGCUAUUUCUAACCAUCUAUCCAUGAAGUUUAUGAAUAUUAGACAUUACAAUAACUAACACAAUUAACUUUUGUUUUUAAACUAUACAAUAACAUAGACAGAUGCAUGUAUAUUAUGGAAUCGAAUGAAUUUAACACU